CGUUAGUUCUAUAACUAUAAUAUACAAAACCAGACUAUAUAUAUCUUGAGUUCUCUCGGAUAGAAAAAAAUGUUUUCAAAGAUGAAUCUAGUGACUCUUAUAUCGCUCUUGCUCAUUUCUCCAUUGUGUUCUUCAGGAUUUGGGUUUAAAGAGGGCCAUGGAAUUGAAAUUGCUCACACCAACCAAUAUUCUGUAAACAAUGUUGAAGAGAGUAUUUCGAAUAUGAUGGAUUAUCCGGAACCAGGCCCAAACCCAACACACGAUCCGACAAAACCUGGUUAUGGUUAUCCUCCGCCACCGCCACGGGCACAAUAGAUGAACUAAGAUUCAUGUUGAAGCAAAUAUCAGAUAUAUGAUAUGUACUAUCAAACUAAUCAAAAGAAAAUGAAUAAAAUGUUAUAAUAAACUCUUGAACCAAAAUUUUAUGAACUGUCAGUUGUUUAACU